UUACUGUUACGCAAGUUUGACGGUGGCUGCUCCAAUUUUGCCAAGCAGACCAUCCUGCGCCACGUCAAACAUUGGCUAUGGCAGAGAUUCAACCAUCGCUCCACUGUGCUACAAAUACAGCACAGUUGGAGCAAUGUGAAGCUGCGCAAGCCUGAUUUUUUGAAAAAAGUUGCCUGCGAAUCUCUGCCACAGCUGAUGGGCGCCAGGCGGUGGUCUGCUUGGCAAAAAAGCCACACAGAAAGACAGCCACCGUCCUCUUUUGCCAGCCACAGGCAGGGCAUCCCCUGCGGAGACUCCACAUUGUGGAAGAACAAGAGAGUGAAGAGGAGGGCCACCCACCAGCUAUGUUGGAAGAGGGGGACGAGGAGGAUGAGGAGGAGGAGGGCACAUCCUCUCAGGCUCACUUACCAGCAAGGUUGCUUCCAGUGGAGGAGGAGGAGGAGGCGGCGGCGGCGCCCCUGUCUCCACGGUCGCCUGUUCUGCCGGAGACUCCCUCACUUCCAGCUCACUGUAAGUGUCUUGGAUGUGCUUGCCUAUUCUCUCUGUGCAUUAUGUAACUUUGAUGCCUGCAAUGUGUUCUGUUCUAUCUUGUUGUUUAUGUAGCACCAGCCAUGUUGGAAGAGGAAGAGGAUGAGAAUGAGGAGGGCACCUAUUCUGA